GUCCCUUGUUUCCCGAAACGCGGUGUCCGACAGGGCGACCCACUGUCUCCCUUGCUAUACAUUGUGUGCUUUGAUGAAGUACUCCAACUUUCAAACCCCUCCAUUGCGUUUUCCUCCCCGGCCGGCCCUAUUGAUGCUAUGGCCUACGCGGACGACCUUAUUGUUUUCGCUGACUCUUCCGCUGCACUCCAGCGGAAGUUAACUGCUUGCCAAGAUGCCUGGUCUGCUGCCGGUUUCUCCCUAAAUGCUCCAGCAUACUCUUUGCCUAGGAUUCCCGUGAUGGAAAUACCCUUGUUAACAUUGACCGCGCGGUUAUCCCAGCAACCGGUCUUGGUCAAUGGGUCUGAAGUUUUGUCCACCGAUGAAGCCGCCACACGCAUGGCGGACGCUCUCUACAACACCAUCGAUGGCAAAGUUUUAUCUUGUCACAAAUAUUCUGGCCCUUCAUCGCGCUGA